GCUGUUGCCAUGGCAGUCGUGGUUCGCCGCCGUCGCGCGAGAUAAAUCAUUAGCUGCUGCGACAACGUAACCAGGAAGACGCGGUCGGCCGGACAUGUCAUCGAGCGAAUAUUCAGAAGGCGACAGCCUAAGUCGCAGCGAUGAGUCCCUGUCGACAGAAGACAAUGGCGAGGAUAUCAUGUACCAGCUGUCCGUGUUCUGGCCCUACCCAAAGGGUCCUGACGCUUCUUUGAGGAAGGGUCCCAGCCUCGCAAAUCUCUCAAAGCGGACUGUGCUUUGCAAGGGUCCGGACCCCCAGAACCGGCGUGGACCAGAUCCUUCGCUGCGCAAUGGACCAGAUCCCAAGAACCACAGCGGCAUCAAGUGGCGCUCGGACUGCACCGGCUGGAAAGGGCCCAAAGCGGAUGCGAUGCUUUUGCUGGCAAAGCCCAAGAGGCGCCGCAAGAGAGGAGCCAAACACGUGACCACGGGUACCGCUGCCGAAGAGCGCACAGACGAGGAAGAGCCCGACCGAACGCCGCACAUUAGGGUGCACCGCAUAGAGUCCGAGGUGUGACUCGAUCCCGCUAAUUCUGCCGAACUAAUACUGCUGCCGCUUAUGCCGCUGCUGCUUGAACGCUGCUUCGCCUUCAACGAGACCAUGCCUAGAGGGUUUCCUAAAAUGUACGCCUGGCACCACAUGGGAAUACGAAACAAAUGGUGGUCGCGUCGAUCAGGCGCACGACAACAGCACCCUGCCAACAUUACCAUUCGCACUGUACGUGAGAAUUGUCCGUAAGAAUGGGUGCCAGCCAAUCGUGGUGGCGGCCAACGAGAUAGCAGACCGAAUGCACUGGUUAUUGACAAGCAGUUCAUGCGAAUGAAAACAAGUGGUGAUCCGGCUGACCAUAGACCCAAGAUGCAAAAAAAAAAUAAAGAGAGAGGAAAAAAACAAAAAGUCAACUGGGAAAAAGAAAACAAUUAUCAAAAUCAAGCAUGAAAAGCUUUGCAGUUAUGGACAUAAGUGGGCUUUGCAUUCGGCGUAAUUGGCACUUGCCGCCAGUUUCUUUGCCACAUUCAUAAGUAUCGUACUGUUAGGACAAAUGGCACGCACCCAAUAAUUGAUUGGGGCGAUUCGUUACGUUCAUACACAUUUGUAAAUAAAGCUUUGUUGACAGAAUA